GUUCACCUUGCUGAGGGCUAUUUUAAAUUUCCCAAUGAACUGAUUGAGUUGAUAGCUGUCCUGCCAGGUCUGCUUUUCUUCCACAGAGGGAGAUAACCCAGGGCUGGGUCGGGUGACCCUGCUGGGAUCACGGAGGUCCAUCAGUGCCCAGCAGCCCAAUGGGCUCUGCCUGCAUCCUAUGGCUGUGCCUGCUGCUGCUGGCCCUGCCCACUCCACAUGCAGGUGUUGCUGUGCCCAGAGCUAACCAUGCUGAGAGGGCAGAUGGCUCUCGCAUCGUCAGAACCGCUGUGACAGUCUACUACUGUAAAGACUGUGGGGAAGAAAGAUGCAAACCAUCCGAUUACGCAAAUUUCGAAAUAAUCGGCAAAACAGAAAAUGAGAUAUUUUCAAAUGAAAAUAUUCAGCUGGUGAUCAACGAAACACACAUUACUAUGUGUUUUCAGCAAGAAAACAUGUUUCGUGAUGGAGCUUAUACCAUUUUCUGGGAGAAGGACGAGGGGUUAGGAGAACCGUGUGGCUUCCUGAAGUCUGGAGAUUCCUUUGAAGAUAGGAGGCACAGCAUGACAGAGAUGGGAAAAAUCUGCUGUGAAACACAGACAGAUCAUGUAAACCCUCAGAAUGCCCUGACGUUCUACAUUGGAGCGACAGAUGAGAAUACAGGUAAUCACCAGUAUUCAGUUGGUGAAAACAACCGAGCUGGCCUCACUGCCACGUUCCCGAUUCUGGGAGUUUGUGUAGUUGGAGCACUGCUGUUCGCAUGUUAUUGCAAGAGGCAGUUCCAGAGACGUCAAGGACAUAUCAUAGUGCUCCAGCAGACUCCUCCAGUGAAUGGGGAGACACAGCUGUCUUGAAGGCGAUUUGUCUUACCUGUGGAGGUGCCUGUUUCUCUCUGGUGACUACAAGGGAAGCCAGUGAUAACAAGCUGAGUCUAAUGAGUUUCUGCAGGUAGAUAAAACACAAGUUGAUCUGUGAAGAAUGUUAAUUACACAAGUGCUUGCAUAACUCAGUAAGGAUAGUGCAAUGAUAGCAUCGCUGUAGUUGUGAUUAAGACAUGGAAAUAAACAUACUGCUGGGAUAUGCAAAAAUAUACAUCUAGUGGCUCUCUGGAGGUUCUGCCCUCUGGUGUCAUACUCGCUUAUGAUUCUCAUUGAAAUCAACCUACACCUUUGACCUCACAGCUAUUUUUCCUUCAAUUCUCACCUGCUAGAUUAAUCAAACAAGUUUCUGAAAGCAAAAACUUCAUAGUUACUCGAAACACCAUCUACAAAAGAGAAAGUGCCAGCCGUGUGCCCCUCAGCAAUGAAGCACAGCCGCCAACUGAAGAAACACUUCCAGGCAAGAUCUCAUAGUACCAUUCACAAAUGUGCCUUCACCGCUCUCAAGCAUUCCCUGAGGACCGAGUUUGCCCAAUAUGUUCAGCUCCAGGCCUUCAUCAGCAAUGCCAGAAACUUCCUGGAGCUCCUGUUCUCCCCUGGUGCUUGGCUGAGGGCCACCAUCAUCACAAGGAUGAGCAGCACAGGCUUAGACCAGCUGACUCCUCUUAAUGGAUGAUCUGACAGUUUCAACCAUGCAAACCAGCAGUUUGGAAAACUGCAUCUGUGCUCAGGAGAAGCGUGCAUUGAGGUGUUCUCUAUGUGUUCUCUGUGUCAUAAUGCAACAGCAUGGCUGUGGCUCUUCAUCCUUUAGCUCCCAAGUGGUCUCUGCAUUUACAUAGGAAAGCAUUCAGUGCGGUGACUGAUUUGGUUAGGGAGAGAGGCCUGAUCUUCAAAGCAGAUGACCAAAACCGAAACUGAAAAGUUAAUAAUCACUAAUGACAGCAAAAGAUAUGUUAAAAAUUAACUUCAGAAAUACAGAAAAGUGUUUGUUCUUCUAUUUCACUCUUGUUAGAUGCAGGAGACUAGUGCUUCCCGCAACCCCAGCCAUAGCAGUGGGGGAUUUACGCUCCUGCUGACCAAAAAUAAUCUUAGCUCUCUAAUGUGGUCUUCUAAUAUGGAGAGAUUUAUUUUUCCCAUAUGUAUCUUCAUGUUCUUAGGUGCAGUGUUCAAAUUGAUGGUUGAUGCUCUUUUUUUUGUAGGCUUUUUUUUUUGUUGUUGUACACCCUCAGGUUCUGAGUUCUUUGGGAAAGGGGCAACAAGAUAUUUGAGAACUUACAUCGUAUUAACUUGAGAGAUUCAAUAGUGAACAGAUUUAAUUUCUAAUCUUUAACACCAGUUGGAGCCAGAGAGCUGGUCAAGUUUUUAGAAUGAAGAUUACCAGCAUGAUUCUGCCCAGUGACAACUGUUCAGCUGUCAGUCACGAGAUGCAGUCCCAAGCUGGUCCUUGUGACUCACCCAGAUGCCUUUCUUUGCUUUUCUUCUGCCUUCCUGCUGCUAUUGUGCAGCUGUGAUGUUGAGAGUUGUCACUACCAGCUGUUUACUUUGUGUCUCCUGGGCUCUGUUUUCCUGGUAACACCAAUUAUCCAGUGUCUUAGGGAAAAAUUACUUUAGUGAUUUAUGCUUUUUGCUCAGAGCAAAUGAUUUAUGCUGCUUUAUGUGAGCUUUUACAAAUAAAUAUAUGCAUGCAAAUACACAUUUCUUAAAUAAAGAUUGAUUGAAAAUA